AUGCAGUAUCACCACGAUUUCCAACAUCCGUCCCCUCUUGUCAUUCCACCCCGCAUCCUAGACCUUCUGCAUCGCGCCGUCGAUCUUUUCGCAGACCAAUCAGGCGCUGACGACGAGUCUGACGGGCCUCGACAAAGCUUGGGACCAGUGCUUGUGCCUCCUUGGAGAGAGAGAUUGGGUGUUCCUGUUUCCAACACUAGCGUGGUACCUAUUCGGCCGGAUCCGCAUCAAAACAACUCUCUGAGCUUGGUAGGCGGCGCCAACUCAGGGGAUGAUUCGCCACGCCUUCCUCUGUACUACUCAAAGAACAAAAACAACAGACGACGGGACAAGAACAGCCACUCCGAGACGCGCUCUGGGUCUCAUGGCUACUACUCGCGAUCCUUCAGCUCUGAUAGGGCCACGGCGCAUGCCAUCAAAUCGGCACGGUACCCAGUGCUCUAUGAGAAACUCAAAGCACCAGCCGCCGCGCGAAGAGCAUUGAAGACGUGGAGAAAAGAGGGUGAGCAAGGUGCGGCUCAGGAAGCCGCCAGCAACGCUCUUGCGCUGGACAAUCAAGUCCGGCCUGCCAUUGGAGAUGGUCAGACAACUUCCAGCGAGUUGCCGCCACAGCACAUGACCUUCUCCGAGCCCUUGCUCGAGAACAAGAAGCGUGGGAGGCGCCUCCGCAUCACCUGCACCCUGGAGAAGUCAUACCCCAACUUCCACAUCGAGUGCGAGUACACCUACAUCGACGAGUCGGAGAGGGUCAACGGCAGCCGGAUAGACACGCGCAUAUCGUGUGCCGUCAUUUCGACAAGAGAGAACGUCUGGGUUGUCACUUUCGAACAACGAGGAUACAAUGAACGGUUCAUCAAGGGAUUCGUGGGCGAGGCCGAGUAUGCCAGGCUGGAUGGCGAAAUCAGCGGGCCGAUCAAGGGCUAUGGGAAGUCAUCUGACCUUUCAACCGUUAAGAUGGCUAAGAAGAUCAGGAUCCCCGAAGGGUACGACCUGGGCGGGAUAUGGUGCGAGGCGGCGGGGUUCUACGAGAUGAGGAUCUAUGUUCCGGCGAAGGAUUACGUGCAGGAGGAUGAUUACGUGCAGGAGUAUGAUCUACCUGUGACUAUCUGA